AUGUCAUCGUCUAAUAAAUCUCCUCCUAAAAAGAAGAAGCAACAGUUAAAAAACUCUGAAAUCGCUGCUCCUGGUGGCAAUUAUGGGUAUGGGUAUUCUGGUGUAGUCGCGUCUUCCAAUACUGCAAUAUCAAAGUAUACAAAUUAUACAAAUGCAAAAACUGUCACGGCCCUUGCGGGCAAUCAAAAGGAGAUAGUAGAAACUUUGACAACCCAGCAAAAUAAAUCAAUACAAAAACUGAAUAAUAAUAAUGCGAAGCUUAUUAAAUCUAUAAGUAAUGAUCAGACAAAGACUGUAAAAAAUUUAACCAGUUUACAUGAGAAGACUAUCAAGAAUCUAAGCAGUAAUUACAAAGAAGUUAUCAAGAAUUUAAGUGAUAAUCAAACAAAGGUGGUGAUGGGGUUGAGUGGAAAUCAUGCUGAUGUUGUAAAAACUAUGAACAAUAAUGAGGUAAAAAAAUUAAAAGAUACGCAUGAUGCGUAUGGAAAGGUUAUUGACUCCAUGCAGACCAACUAUAACAAGAGGUUGCAGAGUCAGGACGAUUUGAUCAGGAUGCUGGCCGUUAGUAAUAUUAAUGUGACGAAUAAGUUGUUAGAUCAUGUGACUAGUACUAGUAAGGCAAAAAGUGUCUCGGGGGAUAAUAUGAUAAAUCAGUUGUUGG